AUUUGGAUGUCAUCAUCAAGAAACAACUAACGGUGCAUAAGACCUACACCUUCACUUCCUCAUAUAACGUUAAUUCAUCUUUAGAUUUAGAGUAGAUGUAAAUUAGCUUUUGUCAUUCCAAAUACAAGAAGUCUGCAUGUAUAUACUCAUCGGCACAUAAAUAUUGGAAUAAGCACUUUCUUGCAGAAAGAUAGCGAAGAAAACUACAGUGUGAAUCCGGAAAAGGAAGAGGAAAUGGUUUCUGCAGAGGUCACCGAGACCUCGCGGUGGCAGCCGGGACGUCGGUGGACUGUGCGCCUGCUGUUGAGGAAAGGUGCGUGUCCCCAGUGUCCGCUCCGGUCGCCCGGUUAGGAAUGCGCCUCAGGAACCCUGUGUGCGGUGUAAUACUUGAUGAGACGCCAGCGGGGACUGUGGUCUAAGAAGAGUCAUGGUUUGGCAUCGCUUAUAGUAUCUUAGCGUGCGAGUGUGAUUCAUUGAGCUAGCUGGCGUUAGCCCGCUUCGUUGAUUGAUAGCACGCUAGGUCGUUAGGCGCAGUUUGUAGAAUACUUGCUAGCCGGCUAGCUAGCUUGUAAGCGAGUUUCAGUGUGCUGCCGGCCAAUCCUGUCGAACAAGAGAGAACCAGACUGACUGCUGAACCCAGUCGCUAUUUCGGAAAGAGGAGGUGGUGGCAGGCGGGGCCGGGAGAACGCGACGGGGUGGAAGUGAGUCAGGAGCGGCUGAUGAGUUCAGACCAGAGCGGAGAGCCGCCGCUGCUGCAGGAGGAGGCUGAUCCCGGACCGAAGACCGGUGGGAAGGACGAGGCUCGGCUGGGGAGCGAGGGAGGGUCAGGCGGCAUGGUCACCUCUAAGGGCGCCGGUUUGAACCCAAAUGCCAAGGUGUGGCAGGAGAUGCCUGUGGCCCCCAGCGAGGCUGUUACCCACAGCCCUCAUUGGCCCCCCUCAGACAUCAGUGAGGGUUAUUCUGAGCCUUCGUCUGCUGGGUGCAAGCAGUACACUGUGGGAUUCACGGCCCUGGAUGACAGCGGCUCCACGGCAACAGCUGACAUAGCAGUAAAUGGAAUGGACCCUCCAGAGUUGAGCUUUUCCCCCGCCGAGUCCUCCACAGGGACCUCAGUGGAUUCCAAGACGGAAGAACAGCCUAUCUCCUCUGAGAAUCUACGAGAGUCUCUGAAGAAAGAGCUGGAGUUUUAUUUCUCUAGAGAAAACCUCUCUAAGGAUUUAUACCUGAUGUCCCAGAUGGACAGUGACCAGUUUGUCCCUAUUUGGACUAUAGCUAGCAUGGAGGGCAUCAAGGUCCUCACCACUGACAUGGACCUCAUCCUUGAUGUGUUGAGAUCCUCUCCUAUGGUACAAGUUGAUGAGAAAGGAGAGAAAGUGCGUCCUAAUCACAAGCGGUGCAUUAUUAUCCUGAGGGAGGUCCCUGAAACCACACCUGUUGAGGAAGUGGAGUCACUGUUCAAAAAUGAGAACUGUCCAAAGGUGAUAAGUGUUGAGUUCGCACACAACAACAACUGGUACAUCACAUUCCAAUCAGACACGGAUGCUCAACAGGCAUACAAGUACUUGAGAGAGGAAGUAAAAACAUUUCAGGGAAAACCCAUUAUGGCCAGGAUAAAGGCCAUCAACACAUUCUUUGCGAAGAAUGGCUACCGUAGCAUCGACAGCAGCCUGUACGCUCAGCAGUCCCAGAGCCAGUCCCAGUACAGCUCUCCACUCUACAUGCAGCACGUCUACCACCAGCAGCAGUACCCAGUCUACGGCAUCGUACCUCCCACCUGGACGCCCUCGCCCACACCGUAUUUCGAAACUCCUUUGGCACCGUUUCCCAACAGCAGCUUUGUGAAUGGAUUUGGCUCUGCUGGACACUACAAAACUGGCUCCAAUUCCCUUAAUAUCAGUCGCCCGUUCAACAGAAACCGUGUCCCCCUCUAUUCAAGAAAGAAUGUAUUAAAUGCCUUCAGAAACCAUGUGAAGCCCCAAGUGAGAACAAAUGAGGUGACCCCAGCGUCUACAACUCCUGUCCCCUUGGAGAGUCUGACUGGGCUACGCAGCCCGCAGCCCCUCGCUGCCGUUGCCGCCACGGCCCCUAACCCGCUCCAGACGGCCUCUGACCUGAGCUCGGCAUUCUCACACCUCUCCUCGUCUUUGGACCCCAGCGAUGACAGCGGCAUGGCCGGACGUGGAAGACGGAGCACAACCUACAGAGGAACACGGAGGAGGCGAGAAGACGAGCGGAUUGCGAGGCCAGUACCGCUAGCAGAGGUCAAGGUUUCUCCACCCAAGUUUGACUUGGCUGCUACCAAUUUCCCACCUCUUCCUGGCUGCGUGGUCAGUACACAGGGAGAGCCCGUGCUGGAAAACCGAAUGUCAGAUGUUGUACGCGGUUUGUACAGGGACAAGACAGAACAAGCCAAUAAAGAGGUUACUGUGAGUCCAGGUUCAGGCCAAGCCCCAGCCACAGAGGAGGCGGCUGCCAGUCCUGCCGUGUCAGCAACAGCGAAAUCUGCUACACAACCACUCGGCCCCCCGGCCCCUGUGAUCACUCGUCAGGAGAAGAGGGUUGAACGGGCAGAGCCCCCCGCUCCAGCACCAAAAGUGGCUCCACGUACACCUCUUCAAACUACCGUAAACUCACCCCCCUCCACACACCCCGUGCCUAGCUCCAGGCCGCAGCCCUCUGCGGCCUCCAUGCCAGUGACACCCAGCACGCCGGCCCCUGCCACAGCCACUAUUCCCACCCCCGCACAGGAGCCCCGUAAGCUCAGCUACGCCGAGGUGUGCCAACGGCCACCCAAAGACCCUCCUGCUGCGGCCCCUGCUGCAGCUUCUUCGGGCAACCCGUCGGGCCAGCCAUUACGCGAGUUGCGCGUGAACAAGGCGGAGGAGCCGGGCUCCAGCAGCGGUCCUGGAGACAAGCAAGAGAAAUGCCACGAUAGGGAGGGGGGAUGGGAAUGCAAGGAGAGCCGGCCACCACGUGAACGUGACUCUCAAGGCUACUACCGCAGCAAUGGCCCCAGAGGCACCGGGGGCCUCAAGUUUCGGGACCAGAGGCGCCCGCCUCCAGCCCGACGCAGCUCCCCACAGGGAGGCUACAGGCACACUGGCAAAGAGCAGAAUAUCCCACCAGUAUCGCCAAAGUAAAAACUUGAUAUGAAUAGAAAAAAGAUGUAUGAAUAUAUACAUGGAUAUAUAAUUAUUUAAAAAUGAAUAACAUAAAAGCAACAACAUUAUGGUAGCCCCCUCCCCCCCGGAACUUGUCCAAAGAAAAGCUUUUAAAAUGACAAGACCGGGACAUCCAGGACUAAUGGGCAAAAUGACUCCUGAAGAACUUUUGAUAAGUGAUUUGAAAAGGAAAUAAAUAUCUUGUCUGGGCCUCCAGCAUUUAUGCUUAAAUGAAUUUAAGUCUGAUUUUUCUGGAGGCCAUCUCAUUUAUGCUCUGCUAGGGAGAGGUGGGAUGCUGGGCCAUGUAAAUGGCCCUCUACUUUUUUUUUUUUUUUUUUUUUUUUUUUUUUUGGUUAACAAAUAGAUGUCUGCAAGAACAAUAUGCACUAAGAAGAAAACAUGCAUAUGUCAUGUACAUAUACAAAGAUCACUAACGCGCAAUGAGACAUCAGUUUUUUUCCCCCAUGUGUGCUUAGUUUUGCAAGUAUGACUGAAGGGUUGACUGAUGUCUGUGUAUGCAUUGAUAAGCAAAAUGAUUGAAGUGCUACAGUGUGCUGUUGCACUGAUGUAAUGAAAUGAUGAAUUUUGAUUUUUACAUCAGAGAUUCUGAAUCAUUGUCCUGAAACUGGACAGUGCGGUCUUCUAAUGUAUAUUAAUGAAAUGCGUUCUUGGUGGUAUUCUGGUUCAUAAUUGGCUUAAAUUUGAUUAUGAGAAACUGUUGUAUGCCGCAGUCAGAUGUGUGGUUUUGUUUAAAAUCCACUUUGGGGUGUCCACUAGCCUGUUAGCUGUGGGGAACCUGCUAGCCUGGUCCAAAGUUUUUCAUGUUAAGUUUUUAUCUAUCUGAACCAUCUUGGGUCUACCCACUCAGAUGGCUUCAGAAUAUUGUCAUGUUGAUAAUCAGUCAGAUUCUCUGUUUACAUGUUUGUUUGGGUAGUAGGUUGAUGUUUUCCGAGAGGAUAAAAAAAAGAAUAGGUUAAUGGUAAGAUCUGACUGUUCAGUGCGCCCGGUGGUUUAGGUAAGAUUUGGCUUUCCUACAUCACAGGAUACCCAGGUUAAGCUUAUAUCUGUGAAUUGUUCUUAACAAUGGCAUAGUGUCAAAAAUAGAGUGAGGAGCGUGCUGGUAGCUAAGGGUGAAAGCUACAUAACAUUUGGCAGCUUAGUCGUGGGUAUAAAGAACAUUGGAACAUUUUCACGUGUUAUGUGCCAGCUGCCUGCUAUCAUAUUGUGCUAGGGUAAAGUUUUGAUUUUUAUUGAAAAGGUCUGCUAAAUAAUGUAGUCUUGGGGAAACGUUUGGUCCAGUAAAACUGGAUUUUGAAGAAGCUGUAGAGGUGUAGUUGCCCAUGCUAUAUUGUAAUAACCCUUCACUAGAAAGGUGUGGGAGAAUGUAAUUGUUUUAGUACUGAAUUUACAGUGGGAGGCUCUUGACAGCAGGUAUCCACCAGAUUGUUUUAUGCUUUUAGGGUGAGUUUGCAGGUUGGUUUGUUUUUUAUUUAUUUCUCCCCCCCUUUUUUUUUUUUUUUUUUUUUUUAAAUUAAAAACAGGUUGACUUAGAAUUUGAAGUUUGACUCACUGUAUGUAUUGCUUUUUAAAUGUAUUUAUUUUAAUUCUGAUGCACAACGCUUUUCUCCCAAUCUUGGUAGGCUGGUUUCCCCAAAGUUGUGUGAAAUCGCAUUGGCAAAAUAAAAUCACGCAUAUGACAUUUCAAUUACUGUUCAAGAUAUCAGCUGAGCGAAAAUACUGGAUGCAUUGUCUUUGGGUUUAGUAAUACAGUAAAUGAGUAACCAAUCACUGGGGGAUGUUAUUUCUUUUUCAUUAAUGAGUAUGAGCAGCUAGUGGUCUAGUAUAAUUAAUAAAUGCACUAACUUGUUUUAAAAAAGAAUCUUACUCAUGAAUAAUGUGAAAUCAUUUUAGAAGCAUAUGGUUGAUGUUGACAGGCUUGCAAAUAGCUACAGGAAUUGCCCCACCCCCACUGCCCCCUCCAUAUGUUUGGGUUAUUUUCUCUUAAUUUUGGUUGGGGUGGCAAAAGGAAAUAUAGUAAUGGAUCAACCAAGUGUUUGAGACACAAUCCUAGAACUGUAUGAAGUCACCAAAAAUAAAUUAUUUUGAUUUGGC